GAAGACCCGAGAGUCGCUGGAAACGCAAGAUGGCGACAGCGGCCGCAGCUUCGGCUUCGGAGCCGGAGGCCGAGCCCGCGGCUGGGCCCAAGGCUGAGGGGGAGGAAGAUGAAGUCAAGGCGGCUAGGACGAGGAGGAAAGUGCUCUCGCGGGCUGUAGCCGCUGCGACGUACAAGACCAUGGGGCCAGGGUGGGACCAGCAGGAGGAAGGUGUGAGCGAGAGCGAUGGGGACGAGGAGUACGCCAUGGCUUCCUCCGCGGAGAGCUCGGCCGGGGACUACGAGUGGGAGUACGACGAAGAGGAGGAGAAGAACCAGCUGGAGAUCGAGCGGCUGGAGGAGCAGCUGUCUAUCAACGUCUAUGACUACAACUGCCACGUGGACCUGAUCAGGCUGCUGCGACUGGAAGGGGAGCUGACCAGAGUGAGGGUGGCCCGCCAGAAGAUGAGCGAGAUCUUCCCCUUGACCGAGGAGCUCUGGCUGGAGUGGCUGCACGACGAGAUCAGCAUGGCCCUGGACGGCCUGGACCGCGAGCGCGUGUACGACCUCUUUGAGAAGGCGGUGGAGGACUACAUCUGUCCUAACAUUUGGCUGGAGUAUGGCCAGUACUCAGUUGGUGGGAUUGGUCAGAAAGGUGGCCUUGAGAAAGUUCGCUCUGUGUUUGAAAGGGCUCUCUCAUCUGUCGGUUUGCACGUGACCAAAGGACUUGCCAUCUGGGAAGCUUACCGGGAGUUUGAAAGUGCCAUUGUGGAAGCCGCGCGGCCCAUAGCUGGCUUCCUUUCCCCUUUUGACCGGGAACAAACCUUUGAUUCACAGCUUGAGAAAGUCCACAGUCUUUUCCGGCGACAGCUGGCGAUCCCACUCUAUGAUAUGGAGGCCACAUUCGCAGAGUACGAAGAAUGGUCGGAAGACCCCAUCCCCGAGUCGGUGAUUCAGAGCUACCACAAAGCCCUUCAGCAGCUGGAGAAGUACAAGCCCUAUGAAGAAGCGCUGCUGCAAGCAGAGGCACCGAGGUUGGCAGAAUAUCAAGCGUACAUCGAUUUCGAGAUGAAGGUGGGCGACCCUGCUCGCAUUCAGUUGAUCUUUGAGCGUGCCCUUGUCGAGAACUGCCUUGUCCCAGACUUAUGGAUCCGUUACAGUCAGUACCUAGAUCGACAGCUGAAAGUAAAGGAUCUGGUUUUAUCUGUACACAGCCGUGCUGUUAGGAACUGCCCCUGGACGGUCGCCCUGUGGAGUCGCUACCUCCUGGCCAUGGAGAGACAUGGAGCUGAUCAUCGAGUGAUUUCUGUGACCUUCGAGAAAGCUUUGAAUGCUGGCUUCAUCCAGGCUCCUGAUUACGUGGAGCUCUGGCAGGCGUAUCUGGAUUACUUGAGGAGAAGGGUUGACUUCAAGCAAGACUCCAGCAAGGAGCUGGAAGAACUGCGAUCCGCCUUCACUCGCGCUUUGGAGUACCUGCGGCAGGAGGUCGAGGAGCGUUUCAACGAGAGUGGAGAUCCAAGCUGCGUGAUCAUGCAGAACUGGGCUAGGAUUGAGGCUCGACUGUGCAACAACAUGCAGAAAGCGCGGGAGCUCUGGGACAGCAUCAUGACCCGAGGGAACGCCAAGUACGCCAGCAUGUGGCUGGAGUACUACAGCCUGGAGAGGGCCCAUGGCGACACGCAGCACUGCCGGAAGGCUCUGCACCGGGCCGUGCAGUGCACCAGCGACUACCCGGAGCACGUCUGUGAGGUGCUGCUCACCAUGGAGAGGAUGGAAGGUACUUUAGAAGACUGGGAUAUCGCUGUCCAGAAAACCGAAACCCGGCUGGCUCGCGUGACCGAGCAGAGGGCGAAGGCUGCAGAGAAGGAGGCAGCCCUCGUGCAGCAGGAGGAGGAGAAGGCCGAGCAGCGGAAGAGGAUGCGGGCUGAGAAGAAAGCCUUGAAGAAGAAGAAGAAGGCGAGCGGCGGCGACACACGCAGAGCGGACGAGGAGGAGGAGCAGGGCGACGUGGAGGAAGAGCAGCCCUCCAAACGAAGAAGGGUGGAGAACAGUUCGCCCCUGACUGGAGCAGUGCCACACGGGGAGGUGGACAAAGGUCUCUCUGGGACACCCGCACCUGUGGACGUCGGUCCCCCUUCCAAGCAGAAGGAGAAGGCCGCCUCCCUGAAGCGGGAUAUGCCCAAGGUGCCCCACGACAGCAGCAAGGACAGCAUCACCGUCUUCGUCAGCAACCUGCCCUACAGCAUGGCGGAGCCCGACGUGAAGCUCAGGCCGCUCUUCGAGGCCUGUGGGGAGGUGGUCGAGAUCCGCCCCAUCUUCAGCAACCGCGGGGAUUUCCGAGGCUAUUGCUACGUGGAGUUUAAAGAAGAAAACUCUGCCCUUAAGGCCCUGGAGUUGGACCGGAAGAACGUAGAAGGGAGGCCGAUGUUCGUUUCCCCCUGUGUGGACAAGAGCAAGAACCCGGAUUUCAAGGUGUUCAGGUAUAGCACUGCCCUGGAGAAACACAAGCUGUUCGUCUCUGGCCUGCCCUUCUCCUGCACCAAAGAGGAACUGGAAGACAUCUGUAAGGCUCAUGGCACCGUGAAAGACCUCAGGCUGGUCACCAACCGGGCUGGCAAACCAAAGGGUCUGGCCUACGUGGAGUACGAGAAUGAGUCGCAGGCGUCGCAGGCUGUGAUGAAGAUGGACGGCAUGACCAUCAAAGAGAAUGUCAUCAAAGUGGCGAUCAGCAACCCCCCUCAGAGGAAAGUUCCGGAGAAGCCAGAGGCGAGGAGAGCACCAGGUGGUCCCAUGGUGCCGCGGCAGAUGUACGGAGCGCGAGGAAAGGGAAGGACCCAGCUCGCUCUGCUGCCUCGUGCCCUGCAGCGCCCGGGCGCUGCCGCUCCUCAGGCUGAGAACGGCCCUGCCCCAUGUCCAGCGGUCUCCACCUCUGCGGCCACUGAGGCUCCCAAGAUGACCAACGCUGACUUUGCCAAGUUGCUUCUGAGAAAGUGAACGCGAUGCUGUGAGGGACAGGAAAUGCCUUACUCCAGGCUGGUCAGGCGGACCACCCACCGCCCAGCAGCGCCUGGGUGACGGAGGGCCGUGCAGCACCCACGUGCUUCUGGACCCAACGGGCGUAGACAGAAGGGGAGAGUGUUCCACCUGAAGAGGCGUCGAGUGCUCCCUCACAUUGAGGGCAGUGGGGGAGGGGUGGCCCCGCAGGGUGGCUGUCCCUACAUACUUUGGUGUCCUGAGAGUGAGGAGCAGAGGUGACACUGGAACAUGGCUCUUGAGACCCACUUGUCCCCAUGCUUUGGGCCACCUCUGGCCCCUUUUGUAAGACGUUUCUCUCACUUCCCGCACAGCACACAUGCCCGUCACGCUCAUGAAAGAUGAACAGUGGCAGACGCUAGUGACUCACCAGAAUGGCCUAUUUUAGUAAGGGGUGGGGAGGGGGAGGCCCCAAAACACAUUGGACGGGCUUUUGUUCACGGGGAUUGUGUUUUUCUAUUAUGUAUUUGUAAAGGACAUGUCAACUGUUAAAAGCAAAAUAUUUGCGACGUGUUUUCUAUGGGAA